AUGACAGCCGACCAUCCCAAAGUGCUCUUUUUCGGCGUCGGUAGCGUUGGCGCUGUCUAUCUAUACCUGAUAUCGAAGGUCGCUUCUACUACAGCUGUCUGUCGAUCAAACUACGACGUCGUGAAAGAAAAGGGCUUUACCAUCAACUCAACAAUUUUCGGAAAUGGCCUCCAUGUCGCGCCCAACGUGGUACGAAGCUGCGAAGAAGCAGCAGCCCAGGACUCUCGACCAUUCGACUACGUGAUCCUCACCUGCAAGGUGCUUCCGGGUAUCUAUCCUAAGAUCAUAAAGUCUGUCGUCACACCUGGUCACACCGUCAUCGCGCUCCUGCAGAACGGUAUCGGAAUCGAAGAGGAGUACCUCGAAGCCUUCCCUAACAACCCCACCCUCACAGCGGCGACAUAUUGCGCGACCGUACAGAGACCACCCGGCGUUAUCGCGCACCAGGAGGUCGAGAGGUUAGAAAUAGGGAGCUAUCCAUCGUCAGCACCAAAUACGCACGCGCAAGCUUUCACAUCGCUACUCCAACAAGCUGGCGCUACGGCCACUGUCUUCGACGACGUCCAAGCGAAGCGAUGGUAUAAGCUGCUUCUCAACGCUUCCUGGAACCCUAUUUGCGCACUCACGCAGAGCUCAGACGUGCAGUUCAUGCAGUCGUCGGAAGACGCCACAAACUUCGUGCUUGAUGUCAUGCUGGAGACGCGAGAGAUUGCAUUGUCGCAGGGCUACGAUAUCGCCAGAGCGGAGGUCGAAGCGCAAUGGGAGAGAGCGACAAGAAGAGUCGCAACAGGGAAAGCGGUCGAGCCGAGUAUGCUGCAAGAUGUGAAAGCAGGCCGAAAGACAGAAGUCGAAGCUAUCGUUGGGAACACUGUACGGAUGGCAAGAGCGAAAGGUGUGCCUUGUGGAAAGCUUGAGACCAUAUACCUAUUGAUGAAGUCGCUGGACCGCCGAAUGGGAGGUGGCGCAUAA